GCCUGUCAAACCCCUCAUUGUUCGCAGCUGAUGUCACCGGCCGCGGCGAGCGGCCGCCUCUCCCGGGGACAAUGUGGCUCUGAGCGGCCCCGCCGCCCCGCCGCCGCCGCCGCCGCCGCACAGCCCCGGAGAGCGUGGAGCCGGUCGCAGCGUGGACGCACACCCAGGCCCAGGCCGCUGCGGCCCCAGCCCCGCCCGGCACCGGCACCGGCACCAUGAGCGGCUCAGACGCGGGGCUGGAGGAGGAGCCAGAGCUCAGCAUCACCCUCACGCUGAGGAUGCUGAUGCACGGCAAGGAAGUGGGCAGCAUCAUUGGGAAGAAGGGAGAGACAGUCAAACGGAUCCGGGAACAGAGCAGUGCUCGGAUCACCAUCUCUGAGGGCUCCUGCCCGGAGCGCAUCACCACCAUCACCGGCUCCACAGCCGCCGUCUUCCACGCCGUCUCCAUGAUCGCCUUCAAGCUGGACGAGGACCUUUGCGCUGCUCCUACAAAUGGUGGCAAUGUCUCUAGGCCUCCUGUGACCCUGCGCCUUGUUAUCCCCGCCAGCCAGUGUGGCUCGCUGAUCGGGAAGGCUGGCACUAAGAUCAAAGAGAUCCGGGAGACCACGGGAGCCCAGGUGCAGGUGGCAGGGGACCUGCUGCCCAACUCCACGGAGCGUGCGGUCACCGUGUCUGGGGUCCCGGACGCCAUCAUUCUGUGUGUGCGCCAGAUCUGUGCUGUUAUUCUGGAGUCCCCACCCAAAGGAGCCACCAUCCCCUAUCACCCCAGCCUCUCCUUAGGUUCUGUCCUCCUCUCAGCCAACCAGGGCUUCUCUGUCCAGGGUCAAUAUGGAGCCGUGACCCCUGCUGAGGUCACCAAGCUCCAGCAGCUCUCAGGCCACGCCGUCCCCUUCGCCCCGCCCACUGUGGUGCCAGGACUGGAUCCUGGCACACAGACCAGCUCCCAGGAGUUCCUGGUUCCCAACGAUCUGAUCGGCUGCGUGAUCGGGCGCCAGGGUAGCAAGAUCAGCGAGAUCCGGCAGAUGUCGGGGGCGCACAUCAAGAUCGGGAACCAGGCGGAGGGCGCUGGGGAGAGGCACGUGACCAUCACCGGCACCCCGGUCUCCAUCGCCCUGGCUCAGUACCUCAUCACUGCCUGGGCCACCACCGGGCUUGGCGACCUACACGGCCAAGAUGGCAGCCGCCAACGGAAGCAAGAAAGCCGAGCGGCAGAAAUUCUCCCCCUACUGAGGCCCACGGAGGCCCCGGUGGGGGAGGAGGAGGGGGGCAGGGGCUGCCCAUGUAUCCUGCCUUCCCCUAGAGGGGUCAAAGGGGGGGGGGUCCCAAGCGCACCCCCUCAUGCCAGAAGAAGCAUGGCUGCAUCCUUUUCCCUCCAGGCCCUGGGUCCUCUCAGAGAAAAAAGGGGGUUUGGUUUCUGACCUGGGUGUUCUGGGAACUGGGGCAGCCCCCCCCCCACACCACCCGGGGCAAGGGGGGGUGUCGCCCACACCCCCACACACACACCCCCUCUCCGCUCUGUGCUUGGAUUACAGGGAACAGCCAGAGGGGCUCCCCGCUUCCCUCCAAGGGAGCUGCCGCAUAAG